UAUAAAACGGUCUCUCUAGACUGUCUCUCCCUCUCGGUUGAUACUCGAAAGUGUAAAAAUAAUAAUUUUGGUUUUGUUUAGCUGAAGAAGCAAAAGUGAAAAUGGCGGACGAAGUGGCGCUAGACUUGGAGGAGCUCCGUCACCUUCAAAGCAUUGCGAAGAGACCACGCGUCCUCUCUCUCAUCUCCUCCCAGAUUGACAACCUCGACAAGAUUUUAAAAGAGGCUACCUCUGCACCUCCCUCGCAAAUUCCAACUCCUAUUUCAACUGCACCUAAGGCACCUCUGACCCCAGCAUUAAAUUAUGUUACACUCGGAUCAUUCAGCUGGGAUCAGGAUGAUGACAAAGUCAAGAUAUAUAUAUUCCUAGAGGGAGUUGAACAGGAAAAAAUGGAAACUGAGUUUAAGCCAAUUUCUCUCGAUGUCAAAUUCCAUGAUGUCCAAGGGAAGAACUACCGAUGUGCCAUACCCAAAUUGAACAAGGAGAUUGUUCCAGAGAAGUGUAAGGUGAUAAUUAAGCCAACAAGGGUCACUAUCAUAUUAUUCAAAGCUUCAAAGGGGAACUGGUUAGAUUUGCAGUUUAAAGAGGACAAGCUAAAGCCAAAUCUGGAUAAAGAUCGAGAUCCCAUGGCAGGAAUCAUGGAUUUAAUGAAGAAUAUGUACGAUGAAGGGGACGAGGAAAUGAAACGAACAAUUGCAAAAGCAUGGACUGACGCUAGGUCUGGCAAAACAGCUGACCCCUUAAAGGGGUAUCGCUGAACUAAUGGUUCUCAUUAGAUGUAUUGGUGUUUACAUGUUUUCAUGAUACAUUUGCUGGCCUAUAUUUUUGUCAUGAAGAGUAUGAUGGGGGUGUCAUUUUGUGUUAAAUUUGUUGGAAGCGUGUGUCUGGAUUAUAGCUUUGUGUCAUUGUUAUGUUAUGAAGCAAGCGUGAGUCUGGAUUAUAGUUUUGCUUCAUUGUUAUGAAGUAUUAUUGCAUAUAGCUUCUUUAAUGUUCUUUUA